UUCGGAAGUACAUUUGUCUCUGCCACCGUCUCUUGCCAUUUGUAGCUCUCCUUAAUUCGGCAACACAAUCCCACCGGCUGAACCUAACCAUCUGGUGCAGUGAGAUGAGGCGGAGCGUCACUCUCACGCGCCACCACAAGUUUUAUUGGCGACGGAUGGAAAAAAAAUAAAAAAAAGUAAAUCUUUAGAUCUCGUUAACGAUCGCUAACACUCUCGAGUAAAAAAAUAAUAAUAAGAGAGACCCCCAUAUCCCGGGGAAAAAUAUAUAAAAAAUAUGGCAAUAAAAUGAAAUAAAAAUCCGUAAGAAAAGCAUCAGCAGCGGCAGGAAACUGGAAAGAAAGAAACAAGAUCCACCUCGAACCCCUCUCCAACCCUCACUCCCUCCCUCCAUCUCUCCUCUUAUCCCAAUCUCUCCACUAUCAUCACCUCCACAACAGCACUCUUUUUCUCUGAUCUCUUCCUCUCUUUCCUUCGUGCUCUUUGAUCAAGUCGAUUUAGGUUGGGAGGAGAAAGGUUUCUUUGUAUACGAGUUGUGUGUGUUCUCUCUCUAGCUACCACCACUACCACCCUUAUUGGCUUUCCUUACUAUUAUUCUGCCGGAAUUGGCUUAGAACUAAAGGAAGGGUCCAAGUAAAAGAAACUGUGAAUUGGGUGUGAGAAAGAGCCAGAUUUGAGGAGUAGUAUGAGGGAGGAGGACUCGAAUUGGUUCUCCAGAUGGGAAGAAGAGCUCCCAUCCCCUGAAGAGCUCAUGCCCCUCUCCCAAACCCUAAUCACCCCUGAUCUUGCUUUGGCUUUCGAUAUCCGAAGCCCCAAUAACAUCAACAAUAACACCCCCACCCAACCACAAGCCCCACCCCAAUCCCAGUCUCAACCCUCUCCUUCGAAUCCUUUGCCCGCUUCAGCCACCACUCCUCCCCAUCCCAACUCAGCGGAAUUCGCUUCCGAUUCCACCGAGUUGGGAUCUGGGGCCGGUGGCGAGGAGCCGGCCCGCACGCUUAAGCGGCCUCGGCUUGUAUGGACGCCACAGCUCCACAAGCGCUUUGUUGACGCUGUGGCGCACUUGGGGAUCAAGAAUGCUGUGCCCAAGAACAUAAUGCAGCUGAUGAGUGUGGAUGGGCUAACUAGGGAGAACGUCGCCAGCCAUUUGCAAAAGUACCGUCUUUAUCUCAAGCGAAUGCAGGGACUAUCCACCGGCAGCGGUGGAGCAGGUGGCGGGGGUGGCGCCGGUGGAUUGGCUGCCACAGCUGACCCCGCCACUGACCAUUUGUUCGCGAGCUCCCCCGUGCCGCCGCAUUUUCUGCAUCCUGGUCGCCCCAAUUCGGACUUCUUGCCAUUUGUUCCGGUGGCUGCCUUGCAGCACCAUCAUCACCAGCAACAGCAGCAACAGAUGGCGGCGGUUGCAGCGGCGGCAGCCCACCCGCAGCUGCAACAGCAGUUUCACAGGCAGGUGGGGCAUUUCGGGUCGCCACCAAGUGGGCAAUUUGAACAUCCAUUUCUGAGUAGGCAGUCACAGCCUUUGCAUAGGAUGGGAACGCCAGUGCACAAUUCAGUACCGGGGUAUGCGGAGGACUUAGAAUCGGCUAAUGGGACAGGAGGGAGGAAGGUUCUUACUCUAUUUCCAACUGGGGAUGAUUGAGUUUUGGUAAUUGUUGUCGCUGUCUAUAACGUCGAAGUUAUAGUUUGAUUCCGUUUCUGGGUCUUUGUGACAUUGGUGCCUGGUGGUAUUUAUUAGAUUUUUGUUUAGCUUAGAUCUUUGUUGUUACUAUUGUGUUAGGUGGCUAAAGUUAUCCUGGUCGUAGUAAGUGGUGUUGGGCUCCCUUUGGAAUCCGAAAUUUCUGGGUCCAAUAAUUUGGGUUAAUUAAGCUUCUGUUGCCAGCUGGAUAUCUUUCGCCUCAAAAGCCAGCUGGAUAUCUUUCGCCACCCUUUUGAGGUUAACCUUGGGGGAUCGGUUCAGUCACGGCGUCCCUCAGUUCUGUGGACUGCUAAGUGUAUAAUUACAUUAGUUUAGUGGUUUUAUAUGUCUUCUCUGAGCUUAUGGUGACGGAUAUUGAUCAUGAUGUCACUCUGGGCGGCAAUUAUGUUUCUAGGCUCCUCUAUGACAGCAACUAUUAUGGUGCCAUGCUAAGGAUUUAUUUAGGAUGUCUUAGAUAUAUCCCAUGAUAUAUAGCCUGGGAAUCGGCGGGUUUACUACUACCUCUCAUGGUCUCCUCACAGGUGAAGGGUUCUUAUUUCCAAUGUGUGCAGAGCUGAAGCAUUCAAUUGACGAACCAUUGAGAUUGAGCAGGAAUUUAGCCUGAAGUUGCAUUAUGGUCUAUUGUUUUCCGAGUAAAUGUAAGCAAAUUACAGAACACCUCCAAGCAUUUAUGGCAGGUUGCAGUUGAAAUGAUUGUUGUGAUGUUUGAAGUCUCACAAUUCGUUUCCUAUUACUUCUGCAAAGCAAAUACUUGAUCAUAUUUUCUGCUUCAACCUCCCUGGAUUCAUAAAUUAAACCUGUCCUUUAAAUCAAGCAUUUGGAAGUUGGUUGAUCUGUCUAAUUCAUUAUCCUACCACAUGGAAGGAUAAUUUGCCUUUCUACAUAAAAGGGUUGAGUGCAAAAUUCCUACUGGUUGACUUUAUCCUAAUGAUUGGAUACCAAUAUAUAGAGGGAGAUAAUCUUUCUGGUAGUUGUCAGACAUUUUUCCGCAUUCUUUGAAGUAGCAGCGAGUUUUCAUCUCUGCCAGCAUGUAUCACAAUCAUACUCUUACUAGUUUGGCAAUCUGAAGUCGGCAAUAAUACUAACUUGUUUGCUUU